AUCACUUUCGUUUUUUUUCAUUUUUAAUGCGUUCAAUCUUUUAACGGCUGUUACCGAUUAUAAAAUUAACUGAACGUGUGUGCUUUGAAGAGACAUGGGCACUGCAGAUACCAUACCAGUUGUCAAAAAAUUAUUAAUAAAUGAAAAUAAUGACAUUAUCGAAGAUUACGGACCGAAUUUGAAAUUAUUACCUUGUAACAAUCAAGUUAAAGAAUUACAAACAAUUUUACGCGACAAGAAUACCACGAGGAGCGACUUUAAGUUUUAUGCCGAUCGUUUGAUUAGGCUUGUUAUAGAAGAAAGUUUAAAUCAAUUGCCUUUUUCCAAACAUGUGGUCAUAACGCCAACCGGAUCACAAUACAAUGGUUUAAAAUAUCAAAAAGGUAAUUGCGGUGUUUCUAUUAUAAGAAGCGGAGAAGCAAUGGAACAAGGCUUAAGAGACUGUUGUCGUAGUAUAAGAAUUGGUAAAAUACUUGUAGAAAGUGAUGCAGAUACACACGAAGCUAGGGUUGUUUAUGCCAAAUUCCCAGACGACAUAGCAGAAAGGAAAGUCUUAUUAAUGUACCCUAUAAUGGGUACAGGAAAUACUGUGAUAAAGGCCAUAGCUGUCUUAAAGGAACAUAAUGUAUUAGAAGAAAAUAUCAUUUUGUCAAAUUUAUUUUGUACUCCAGUUGCAGCCAAAACUCUGGUCACUGUCUUUCCUAAGAUGAAGAUCCUGACCUCAGAGAUUCAUUGUAUUGCACCAAAUCACUUUGGACAAAAAUACUUUGGAACAAUUUAUUACGACAUAGGGGAGGCAGGUGUACAGUGGGAACAUUUUUGAAGAAAAUCUAAUAGAAAAAUUCUAUCAUAUAUCCUACAAAUUUCAAAGAGAUGACUUAUACAUAAAUUCAAAGAGUUGCUAAAUUAAACAAAGUUAUAGUAAGUAAAAUAUAUUUUUAAUUUUUGGCUGUGUAGAGUAUAUACAUAUGUGCCUUGAUAAUUAUUAUUGUUUAAGGGAUAGUUUAUAAUAUAUAGAAUUUAGUUUUUUUGAAUCAGUUAUUUAAUAAAUAAAUUCAUUAUUUUAUAAUAUACGUUUUGUUUAGCAAUGUUUGUUAUAAAAUGUUAAAUAUUUAUUUCUCAUAGCACAGAGUAUUUUUCAUAUAUUUAU